AUUAACUAGUCAAACCUGAAAAGAGGCGCCCAGCCAAUAGACCGGUACAAAGUUUCCGGGGAGAAUACCUAGAAUCAUCAAGAGUCGCAAGGCGGAAGACCCGCGCGCCGCAGUCCCCGGGCAAACAGAUAAUCCGAAAACCUCCGAACAAGCAAGAUUGGGAACCACGGGGCCGUGAUUCGCCGGGUAAUCAUCAUUCAAUCGAACCUCACGACCGUCCAUUUCGCUGGUGUUGGGUUGCAGUUGGAUUUCUCCCCACUGCGUGUCGCAAUUCAAUUCCUUUCCUCCCUACCGCACCGUAUCACCGCAGCCGGUCCGCGAUCAUGGUUCACAAAGUCCUCUUCUGGGGCGGCUUCGGCAUCGCCGUCCGCCUCUGGCAACUCGGCAUCGAAAUGCGUCCCAUCCUCGCCAAAGAAUCCCUCUGGGUGUACCCUCUCUUCGCCGGCGUCGGAGGAAGCUUCGGAUACUGGCUCCAGGGCGUCGAGAACCGCCAAUUGAAGAUCCUUGCACAGCGGAGGGAAGCUAUUCUGGAGAAGCGCAGACGGAGGGAUGAGGGAAAGGUUGGCGGUGCUGAGGAGGGUAUUUUGGCCGCGGCGGCGUGA